AUGUCCAGGGACAGGCAGAGGUCUGAUGACCAGAGCCCCAGCACCGGCCGUGGUGGUUCUGAUGUGGACCAGCAAGAGCGACCGGCUCCCAAGCCUGAAGAGGAAGAAGAAAGAAAACUUUCUGCCACCCUGCGGAAGAAAAACACCGCACUCUCUAGCAGAACCAGUGCCGAAAGGAUUCAGAAGGAACUGGCUGAAGGAAACCUUAAUCCUCCUUCUAACUACAGUGCUCGGCCUAAAGGAGAGCACAUUUAUGAAUGGAGACCAACUAUACUUGGACCACCGGGUUCUGUCUAUGAUAGUGGGGUGUUUUUUCUGGAUAUCACCUUUUCACCCUAUUAUCCACUUAAGGUAGCAGUGGUUACUUUCUGCACCAGAAACAACAACUGGAGUCCUGCUUGGACUAUUUCAAAGGUUUUGCUGUCACUUUGUUCUCAUUUGAUACACGGCGUCCCUAUGGAUCCUGUGGUCCGAAGCAUAGCCGCUCAGUAUUCGGCCAACAGAGCAGAACACGAUGGGAGAGCCAGACAGAAGAGCAAGAGCGAGGCGGCGUAA